AUGAAGUUGAACAUUUCUUACCCAGUUAAUGGUACUCAAAAGACCGUUGAGAUCGAUGACGAGCACCGUGUCCGUGUUUUCUACGAAAAGAGAAUUGGUCAAGAAGUCGACGGUGAAGCUGUCGGUGACGAAUUCAAGGGUUACGUCUUCAAGAUUGCCGGUGGUAACGACAAGCAAGGUUUCCCAAUGAAGCAAGGUGUCUUGUUGCCAACCAGAGUUAAGCUAUUGAUGGCUAAGGGCACUUCUUGUUACAGACCAAGAAGAACUGGUGAAAGAAAGAGAAAGUCUGUCAGAGGUGCUAUUGUCGGUCCAGAUUUGGCUGUCUUGGCUUUGGUUAUCGUCAAGAAGGGUGAGCAAGAAAUUGAAGGUAUCACCAACGAAACUGUUCCAAAGCGUUUGGGUCCAAAGAGAGCUAACAACAUCAGAAAGUUUUUCGGUUUGACCAAGGAUGACGAUGUCCGCGAUUUCGUUAUCAGAAGAGAAGUUUCCAAGGGUGAAAAGAGCUAUACCAAGGCGCCAAAGAUUCAAAGAUUGGUUACUCCUCAAAGAUUACAAAGAAAGAGACAACAAAGAUCUUUGAAGAUCAGAAACGCUCAAGCUCAAAGAGAAGCUGCUGCUGAAUACGCUCAAUUGUUGGCUAAGAGAUUGUCUGAAAGAAAGGCUGAAAAGGCUGAGGAGAGAAAGAGAAGAGCUUCUUCCUUGAAGGCUUAA